AUGGAUUUGAGUCCAUUUAUUGAUAAUCCAAUGGUGGACAAUACGUUCGAGUCAGUCAUACCACCGGUCGCUCUUCAGGAGGAAUGCAUUGCCGGCAUCGACGAGGCCGGGAGGGGACCUGUUUUGGGUCCAAUGGUUUACGGUUUGGCUUUCUUUCCCUUAUCUCAAGAAUCACUUCUUAAAAAACUAGAUUUUGCCGAUUCCAAGACAUUGACCGAAGAGAAAAGAGAGGAGAUCUUCGAGAAGAUCGGCAAAAAUGAAUACAAAAAGAUCGGUUACUUAGCGACUGUCUUAUCGCCGGUCACUAUAAGUAAU